UUUAUGUGAUAUACAACAGAUUGAUAUUAAACAUUUAUUUUGUUUUCAAUUUUAUCGUGAAUUGUUUGCAACGACGAUGGCCAAUAACAACAACAAUACCACUAUUGUAAAUAAUAAUCAACAACAACAAAUCGAUAAUAAAUUUAUUGAUCUAUUUUUAAACAAUCAAAAUGUGAUCGAAAAAAUGUAUCGCCAAUCAGAUCGAUUAAUUCGUCAAGAAUUUCAACGAAUGAAAUUUGAUCAACAAUCAUGGCGUAUUUGUGAUCUGAAUAAAGAUUUUAAAUUUAGUUAUAGUUAUCCUGAAUAUUUUAUUGUACCAAAUGAUAUAACGGAUAAUGAUUUAGAAUAUGUUGCCAAUUUUCGUUAUUCAAGACGUAUACCUGUUGUUGUUUGGCGUAAUAAUCAUAAUGGUUGUGUUAUAAUGAGAUCAUCACAACCUGUUGUUGGUUGGUUUGGUUGUCGUUGUAAUCAAGAUGAACGUAUGUUACAAACGGUAUUGAAAAUAUGUCAACAUGAUACAAUACAAUAUAGAUUUAUUAUGGAUAAUAAUAAUUUGGUUAUGACAAAAAUUAAUGGUGAUAUUAUUGUAAAUAAUGGAACAUUAAAACUAAAUAAUGGUACAAUUGAUGAUAAUUCUUCAAAUGAUGAUAAUGAUCAAUCGAAUAAUAAUAAUAAUAAAUUAUUAAUUUUGGAUGCAAGAUCAUAUACGGCUGCAUUUGCUAAUCGUGCAAUGGGUGGUGGUUGUGAAUGUCCAGAAUAUUAUACAAAUUGUGAUGUACAAUUUAUGGGCCUAAAUAAUAUACAUAGUAUACGUAAAAGUUUUUAUAGUUUAAGAUAUAUUUGUGAAUCAUCACAGAUUGAUCAAUCAAAUUGGUAUACAAUGUUGGACAAUACAAAAUGGCUUCAUAAUUUGGCUAGUCUUUUGAAAGCUGCUGUUGUUGUUGUUGAUGCAAUCACUAUACAGGAACGUCCUGUAUUAGUACAUUGUUCAGAUGGUUGGGAUCGUACACCACAAGUAAUUGCAUUAGCUGAAUUAAUGUUAGAUCCAUUUUAUCGUACGAUUGAUGGUUUUAAAAUUUUGGUCGAAAAAGAAUGGCUACAAUAUGGACAUAAAUUUGCUGAUCGUUGUCGUAGUAGUACAUUAAAUAUUGAUCCAAAUGAACGAUGUCCAGUGUUUUUACAAUGGGUCGAUUGUGUACAUCAAUUAGUUAAACAAUUUCCACGGGAAUUUGAAUUUAAUGUUUGCUAUCUGAUGAAACUUGUCUAUCAUUCCUAUUCAUGUUUGUUUGGUACGUUUACCUGUAAUAAUGUUCAAGAACGAAAUUCAUUACAAGUUUAUGAUAAAACAAUUUCAUUAUGGUCAUAUUUCGAAAUGAAUCGAGCAAAUUUUAUUAAUUAUCUUUAUUUACCAACAAUUGAGGUACUUCGACCAUCAUGUCGUGUAAAGGAUAUAAUUUUUUGGAAUGAAAUAUAUGUACCUGUUUCGAAUAAUGGUACCGAUGUAACCAAUAUGGCAAUUUCAUCAUGUAAUGGUAUCUGUAAUAGUACAGCUUCAAAUGCUACUGCUAUUGUUUCAACUUCGAAUCGAUCAACUUCUGAUCAACAACAAUAUGAUUGUGAUCAUGAAACUAAAUGUCAAUCACAAUCAAAAUGUGAUCUUAAUCGUUCAGCAUCAUAUGAAAGUUUGGCCAAUUCAGAUUUGAAACAGCCAGCCCCACCACCAUCACAACCAUCAACAAUAUCUGAUAAUUGCAAUAAUCUACCAUCAUUAAAACAAUUUGAUCAAUAUUUUAAUCGAAUAUCAACAACGACAAUACCACCAAUAUUGUCAUCAUCAUCAAUAAUGACCAGGCAUUUAAGUGAUACAUGUCUAUUUAAACGAUCCAAUCAAAUUAUGAAUAAUAAUGUGAUGAUGGCAACACCUUAUAUGACAAAUGGAUUUAUGAUUGGUGAUAAUCAUAUCAAUCAUGAUAUGGAAGAAAUGGUGAAGCAACGACAAUCACCUAUGAUGAAUGAUAUGUCCAACAACAAUAUUGGUCAACAUGAUAUUGAAGAUUGUCAUCUUAUAACUAAUAUAUCGAAUCAUUUUAAUCAUUCAUCUACUACUAUGACAUUAUCAUCUAAUAAACCUAUAUACACUAAUUGUAAUGGAUUAUCAUCACCAUCAUCAAAAAUGAUGAAUAAUUCUUCAACAAGUAUUGAUAGUUUGUCCACUAUAUUCGAUAUUGAUGGUCAAAUUAUUGGCCAUAAUAAUAAUAGUCGAUUACAGUUACAUCAAUUGAUCAAUUAUCAUAAGAAUAUGAUCAAACGGCUAACAAAUCAAUUGAAUUUUAAAAAAUAAACUGAAAAAAAAUCCAAAUAGAACAACAUUCCAGAUGUGGACAACAGUGGAUAAAUAAUCUGAAUACUGGAAUGACAUUGCGACGACCAAAAUUCAUCAACAAACAAAUCCAAAUCAUCCUCUU